CCCGCUGCAUGUCGCAUCAUGGCUACAGAGGGGGUUGUGUAGCCCGCAGUGGCUGCACGUCAACUGGAAUCCUCACGCCGCUACCUUUGCUGCUGCCUCUGAGAAAAAAACUGUUUGCUAACUCAAUACCUAUAGUCCGUCCCCAAAGUCGUACGUACCCUCCGCUGACUCCGUCGCAUGAUCGCAUCAUACUCACACCCGCCGUAGAAGACUGCCCAGCUGUGGAACAAGAGCAAGGACGACCUCAACACUCAUUGAUCGCACUCCGCACCAGCAAGGUCACCGGCAGCGGCGGCAAGCUCACUCGCAUCCAUGAUGUUCGCAAAGGCAUCGCUCGCGUCCUUACCGUCAUAAACGCCAACCAGAGGGCGCAGCUCCGUCUGUUCUACAAGGGCAAGAAGUACGCUCCUCUCGAUCUCCGACCCAAGCAGACCCGCGCCAUCCGCCGGCGACUCACCAAGCACGAGGCUUCGCUCGUCACCGAGAAGCAGAAGAAGAAGCAGAUCCACUUCCCCCAGCGAAAGUACGCCGUCAAGGCAUAA